AUGAAUCCAGAGACACUAGAUACCAAAGCAAAAGUAAAAGUAACGUCGGAUUUCCUAGUGCGUAAGCAACUACGACCUGAAAAGGGUUUUGAUAUCCCUACGCUUAACGCGAACUAUGAUCAAUGGCUUAGUCAAGAGAUUGAGAGAUUUGAGAAAUGGGAGAUAGUGAACUUAAAGGCACAGGGGGUGAUCUACAAUCUCUGUGCUAAUCACGUCAAACCACUCAUUGUAUAUAAGAAGACCACGAUACUGGUCAACAGUUACCUAUCUAAACAGUUCGCAACACUGGAAGAAUACGUCAAUAAACUACGCGCCAAUCGAUCAGGUUUUGAGGCACUUGGACACAAUUUCAAUGACGAUUUCUGGGUGUCUAUCUUUCUCAAUGGAUUGGGCGAAGAUUAUGAACUGGUGGUCUCACAGAUCCUCGACACAGAGAAGGGCAAGAUAGUCUUCGAUGAAGCGGUGCAGAAGGUCUUUCAGUAUGAUUUGCGUAAGGCAGCGUAA